GCCUCCCCACCGCCCCGGGGCCCCCCGGAGCCCUCCCGGCCCCGAGGCCUGGCCGAGAUGCCGGGGCCGAGCUCCGCCGCCUUCAUCUUCGAGCUGCUGUGCCGGGGCGGGGUGCGGAGGCUGCACGAGAUGCAGGUGCACGGCCUGUCCCGGUUCGGCCCGGUGUGGCGGGCCCGGUUCGGCCCGGUGCUCACGGUGCACGUGGCCGAGCCCUCUCUCGUGGCCCAGGUGCUGCGGCAGGAGGGCCCCGAGCCCCGGCGCGCCCUCAGCUGCCCCUGGAAGCAGCACCGGGAGCUGCGGGGGGCACCGGGGGGGCUCCUGACCCUGGAGGGCGAGGCGUGGCGGGGGUCCCGGCGGCUGCUGGCGCGGGCUCUGCUCCGCCCGGGGGCUGCCGAGGCCUUCGCGGCCCCGGUGGCGGCGGCGGUGGCCGAGCUGGUGGCGCGGCUGCGGCGGCUGCGGCGGCGCCACCCCCGGGGCCUCGUCCGCGACAUCGGCACCGAGUUCAACCGCUUCGGCCUCGAGGCCAUCUCCUGGGUGCUGUUCUCCUCCCGCCUGGGCUGUCUGGGGGACCCUGGGGGCAGCAGGGACAGAGGGGACACCGAGGCCGUGCUACAGAGCGUGGGGGCGGUGCUGGCGCUGACGCUGGUGACAAUGGCACUGCCACGUCCCCUCCUGCGCCUCGUCCCCGCGCCCUGGGACGCCUUCUGCCACGCCUGGGACCAGCUCUUUGCCUUCGCCAAGGGACACGUGGACCGGCGCGUGGCUGAGGUGGCAGCGCGGGGGCCGCUGGCUGAGGGGGACACGUGUGUCACCGACCUGCUGGCCCGGGAGCAUGUCCCUGUCAGCAGCAUCUACGGGAACGUCACCGAGCUGCUGCUGGCCGGGGUGGACACGGUGGCCAGCACGCUGGCCUGGAGCCUGUACGAGCUGGCACGGAACCCGGGGGCGCAGGCGGCCCUGCACCGCCAGCUGGUGGCUGCCACUGCCACCAACGGCAUCACCAGCGGUGACAGUGCCACCACUGACUGUGCCACUGCUGCUGCCACCGCCGCCGCGCUGGGACGGCUGCCACUGCUACGUGCGGUGGUGAAGGAGACCCUCAGGCUGUACCCCGUCAUCCCAGCCAACGCCCGCGUCGUCCCUGAGUGCGACAUCCACGUCGGCGACUACCUGGUGCCACGCCAGACCCUCAUCACCCUGUGCCAUUACGCCACGUCCCGUGACAGCCGCUUCUUCCCCGCGCCCGACGCCUUCCGCCCGGAGCGCUGGCUGCGCCACGGGGACACCACUGGGGACACCGCUGGGGACACCGCUGGGGACACCCCCGGGGACACCCCCGGGGACCCCCCUGGCCCCAGGCACCCCUUUGCCUCUCUGCCCUUUGGCCUCGGCCCGCGCAGCUGCGUCGGGCGCCGCUUGGCCGAGCUGCAGCUGCACAUGGCGCUGGCACAGAUCCUGCUGCGCUUCGAGGUGCGGCCGGAGCCCGGGGGGGGCCGCGUGCGCCCCAUGACCCGAACCCUGCUGGCCCCUGGAGCCCCCAUCAGCCUGCGCUUCCUCGAGAGGUGACACCGGGGACAUGGGGACACCGGGGACACCAAAGACGCUGGAGACACUGGGACACCGGGGACACCAGGGACAGAGGACACCAGAGACUCUGGAGACACCAGGGACACUGGAGAUACAUGGGGACACCACAGACCCCAGGGACAUAGGGACACCAGGGAGACCUUGACCCGGGUGGUGGCCUUGACACCGCAGUGUCCCCAGUGUCAUCAUGGCCCUGGACCUCGUGGUGGCCCUGUCCCUGUGGGUGACUCCAGCACUGUGCUGACCCCAGCCCAGAGGUGGCCCUGACCCCUCGGUGACGUUGGCUGUGGUGGCAGCAGCCCCCACCCCAUGGUGCUCCUGGCUCCGGCAGUGUCACACGCCCUGUGCUGGCCUUGUCCCCAAGGUGUCCCCAACCCCGUGGGGGGGACUCCCUGCUGGUGGCCUUGUCCCCAAGGUGUCCCCAACCCCAUGGGGGUGACUCCUUGCUGGUGGCCUUGUCCCCAAGGUGUCCCCAGCCCUGCGGUGCCUCCCCCGGGGGGUCGGGUUUAUUUAUUGGCCAAUAAAGCGAUUUUGGGA